CAUGGCUGAUCCAAUCGCAAUGUCUCGAGAUGAAUUGGUUGCAGAGACGCCCUCAUCGCCCUCCACAUCUACAAACAACAAGAUUGAAGAAAUAGAUGUUGCUUCGCCAGCAGAUGUACCAAGGAGUAAACUCCAAAUUGCAGCUAUUUUGAUAGCCUUGAAUCUCGCUCUAUUCGUCGCAGCCUUGGAUCAAACAAUCGUGUCAACGGCACUACCAACCAUUGCUUCCGAACUACACUCUGCUAGUGGUUAUACAUGGGUCGGCUCAGCAUACUUGCUAGCUAAUGCUGCGUCCGCACCCAUCUGGGCCAAGUUGUCAGACAUCUGGGGCAGAAAGCUCAUUUUACUCGUAUCAGUGGCUUGGUUCUUCGUCAGCUCCAUCAUAUGUGCCACUGCGCCUAGUAUGUCUGUUCUGAUUGCUGGACGAGCGCUCCAAGGUGUGGGUGGCGGAGCAUUGAUUCAAGUCACCAUCAUCACCAUCUCGGACUUGUUUAGUAUGAGGCUCCGCACUCUCUUCAUCGGACUUAUGGAGUUCAUGUGGGCUCUUGCUGGUGGCAUUGGUCCUAUUGUUGGAGGCGUCUUUUCUGAAUCCAUUGAACUAAUCUUUACUGACANNGGGUGUUUCUGGGUCAAUCUUCCUAUCUCGGGGACGGCAUUCUUUUUGCUUCUUUUCUUCCUUGAUGUUCACAACCCAAGAACAAAGGUUGUAGAAGGUAUCAUGGCGAUCGACUUCCUGGGCAGUCUCUGUAUUCUCGGAUUGACCCUCAUGCUGCUUCUCGGCCUCGACUUUGGCGGUGUAAUCUUCCCCUGGUCAUCACCAAAGGUCAUCUGCCUCAUUAUAUUUGGUGUGGUAAUGGGCGGUCUGUUCAUCCUGAGCGAGAAGAAGGUCGCUCGCUACCCACUGAUGCCUUUGGGUGUGUUCAGCCACCCAUCGAACGUUGCAGUCCUCGUUGUAACUUUCUGCCACGGCUUCCAAGCCUCUCCGAUCCACUCCGGAAUCUACAUUCUGCCCUUGACCCUCUGCGAAGCAUUCAUGGGCAUCAUGAGCGGUGUAAUCAUCCACAGAACCGGUCGAUACCAAGAGCUCAUCUGGGUCGGUAUGGCUCUGUGCACUCUCGGCAUGGGCCUAUACAUCUACAUCGAUGCCUCUACACCUCUAGCCACCAUCCUAGGUCUCGAAGUCGUUGAAGGCUUGGGCGCGGGAAUGCUCUUCGAACCUCCACUCAUCGCCAUGCAAGCCUUGGUCAAACAAGACGACGUGGCCACUGCAACGGCGACUUUGGGUUUCAUCCGCAAUCUGGCGACUUCAAUGUCCAUCGUCAUCGCCGGCGUUGUCAUUCAAAACUCCAUGGCUUCGAGGUCUUCUUCUCUUGCCGCUGCUGGUCUCUCGCCCAAACUUCUUUCUGAGUUCACCGGUGGAGAUGCAGCAGCAAAUGUAGAGAUGAUCAAAGAUAUCGUGGAUGUGGGCCAGAGAAAUGCAGUCAAAGAAGCGUUUGCGUUCAGUCUUCAGAGGACAUGGAUCUUGAUGACGGCGGUCAGUGCCUUUGGGUUUGCGGCGAGCUUCUUCAUUGUGAGAAGUCAUCUGAGCAAGGAGCACACCGAGACCAAAACAGGGAUCAAGGAGAAGGAGGCAUCAUCCACUUCU